AUGCUGGUGGCCGGCUUCCUGCUGGCGCUGCCGCCCGGGGCCGCGGGCGCCCUGAGGGCGGGCAGGCGCCCGGCGCGGCCGCGGGGCUGCGCGGACCGGCCCGAGGAGCUCCUGGAGCAGCUGUACGGGCGGCUGGCGGCCGGCGUGCUCGGCGCCUUCCACCACACGCUGCAGCUGGGGCCGCGCGAGCAGGCGCGCAACGCGAGCUGCCCGGCAGGGGGCAGGCCCGCCGACCGCCGCUUCCGGCCGCCCACCAACCUGCGCAGCGUGUCGCCCUGGGCCUACAGGAUCUCCUACGACCCCGCCCGGUACCCCAAGUACCUGCCCGAGGCCUACUGCCUGUGCCGCGGCUGCCUCACCGGGCUGUUCGGCGAGGAGGACUUCCGCUUCCGGAGCGCGCCGGUGUACGUGCCCGCCGUCGUGCUGCGCCGCACGGCCGCGUGCGCCGGGGGCCGCGCCGUCUACGCCGAGGACUACGUCACCGUGCCGGUGGGCUGCACCUGCGUGCCCGAGCCCGAGAAGGACGCGGACAGCAUCAACUCCAGCAUGGACAAGCAGGCCGCCAAGCUCCUGCUCGGCCCCAACGACGAGCCGGCCCGGCCCUGAGCCCGCCCGGCCCGAAGGGCGCCCGCGGGGUCGCACCGCGCUGGAGGCCCGGCUUUCCCCCUGGGGUCGUUGGGGACCGCCGACGGGGCGCGUCCCUGGCUUGCUUUUUAGGCUAACGUGGGUGGAGGCGUUGCCAGCUGGUGGGAAGUGACGGGCGCGGCCCGCGCGGCCCCGGAACAGUCCUCCGCGCUCCCGGCCGCAGACCCGGCUGUGCGGCCCCCACGACGGCGCGCUCUGGGAGGGAGACACAGACGUGUGUGCUUUUUAACGAAAUUUUUUUUUUUUAAGUAGAGCAACUAUAGCUACCUUUUAAGUCAACUGUUUUGAAUAGGGGCAGAAACUAUUUUUAUAUUAGCAAUUUAGAGCAACUAUAUUAAAACUUUUUACUUGCCAUAUAAACAUUUUAUAAGCAUUCAGCUUUCACUUCCUGUGGUAGAAAUUUUUAGAAGCAUCAUUGGAAUCCUCGAUAAACUCUUUUUAGCUGGCACUGUGGCCUGGGUCUGUGAAUUCAGCCUCUCACCGUGGCUGAUGACACCGAAAUGGGCACAUGUGAAUGGCACUUACGAUUAUUUCCACUGCAGGUCUUCACAGGCUACCAGGGGAACAAAAGGGCUGCACAGGCAGCUCAUAUGAUCCCAGGAUGGACUAAGAAUUCCAGAAAUCUCAAACUUGGUUUUAGUUAUCAGUAUAUAAAUGGUCUCAAUCUUACAUAAUCUAAAUUUUUGGUUUUUUCACUUUUUGAAGGUCACUGGGGCCAAUUUGUGAAUAAGGUGGUAAGAUAAAUAAGAGGUGGAAUGUGACUUCUUUGCCAAUUCUUGGGAACAACCCAAGUAAUGGCUUGGUUCUAAGGGCUUUGGGAUCAGGCCAAAUAUGAGGAAAAAAUGGGCCAAUUUGGAAUUUCCAGAGAUCAAUACUGCUGCUGCUGCUUUUUCUAUGAACUGCAACAUGAGCUAAGUCCUUACUCUUUUCUUUAGGUUGAAAGUCUGUCCCUAAACACAAUUAUUUGUAAAAUUACUAGAAGUUCUUUUUAAAUCAUUAAACAAUUACAGGUGAAAGAUGUGCUGGUUGUGUGCAUUUCUCUGUGAAUUCUGCUUAGAAAUGGGCUGGGCUGAUUUUUAGAGGAAAUACGUUGUUAAGUAAAGCCUUCACUUUAACAUCUUAUGGUUGAGGUUCAAGUUCAUCAAAAUUUGAUUUGGUCCUAAGAAAGAUCAACUAGUCAUGACAAUCUCUUUGAUCUUUUGUGAUACCCUCAACCAAGACCAAGAAGUGUCCUUUAUUUAUAAGUAUUUCACACCUAAGCUUUGUCUACCACAGAAAGAAGAGUUGCCUUCCCUCCCUUACCACUAUCAGCUUUAGUUUGAUCCAGACAGAAGGGUCACUCAGAGAACUUUCAGCUCCUACUAAACACUGAUAGAAACUGUGUAUGAAAAACAUCACUGGGUAAAAUUCACAUUGUCCAAAUAAAAAAUUCAAAAUGGAAAGCAAUAGCUCUGUAGACUUUGGGAAAUUUUACUUCCCCAUUCUACCUCUGGGGGGAAAAAUGGUACCUCUGGUGGUGGUAUGUCUAGAAUACAUUCCUGUCCAGAAAACAGAAGGUUUAAAGCAACAACAAAUACACAAAUUGAAAGGAAAAACUGCUUUUCAAGCCAGUGAUGUGGAUGUUGUUCCAGUCAUUUCUGCUGUUAUGUAACAGUUUCCAGGCCACUCCUCAAACAAAUAGUGCAAGCUCAGAGGAAGGUGCAUUCAGGAGAGCAAACUAUUUGCAUGUGGAAAAUGUCACGAUUUUAUUUAUUGUAUUAAUCAUUACUUUAUACUCAGCUUGUUAAAAGGUACCACAUUCUCAAUGAAGAAAUUAGCUUUCCAUUUUGUGAGCUAGAAAAACAGCCUUUAUUUGUGUUUUUUCUCUAACUGGCCUAUUCAUCCACUUAGCAAAUACCUAAUGGGCACCUCCCUGGUUCCAGUUACCGAGCUCUUGCAAGAAAACUGUUGACAACAUACAAUCUCUUUCUUCAGCUAAAACGAAUAGAAGGCAGAAGCUGUCAGAGCAGAAUCAGAGGUUUACGUGUGCCAGCUGCUCACACGCUGGGGCUGCCUUAAGAAUCUGCAUUCCUUUGUCUCAAUGAGCUGCAUUUUCCUCAUUUAUGAAACGAGGUCAUGAGGUUGGAAAAGCACCUGGCACAGUACCUGGCAUGCAGCAGGCAUUAAAACACAUCGCCCCAAUCAUUUAUAAGCUGCAUUUAAAAUAAAUAUCAAGCUAAGCAGUCUCCAUGUUAUGUUUAUUGCUUUAGCAGGCAUCUGUCACUUAGAAGUGACUUUUUUGUCUAAAAGUUUAAAAUGAAAUCUGUAGGCAGCCACAAUUAGAGAUGUGUUGAAAUUAGAGGUGGUGGCUAAGUCUGGAGAGGUGCUGUUUCAAUGAACAAGAUUUUAUUGAGCAGAAUUUUGUUCUCUUAUUAAAAUUAAACUUUUUAAAGGGGGGACUGGGGACGUGUUGGUAUCGUGUUUUAUCAAACAAACAGGGAAGGUUACACUCUGGAGAAACUAUGCUAGCCGAAGUUCUAUGGCACCUCCCUGCCCUGAGUCCCACUUGGCUGAGUUCUUCAUGCCGCAGUUAACACAGCCUGGGCUCACCCGCAUGGGCACCACUCAUUCCUAGGCUUUCCGGACGUGCAACCUUGUACAUUUCAGAGCUGCGUCCCCUCCUCCCAGAAAAGUGCAAGUUUCCAUCAAAUGAAUUCUAUCUUGAGGAUUGGGUGGCAACCCUUGGAAUAGAGGUGCUUUGCUGGUUACUGAGGAUCUUUUCCAACCAACUGACAGUAUUUCGAUUGUAUACUUGUUCUAUAAACAUGGACUCAUUUGGGAAUAGCCAUCCAAAAACAUUCUGCAAAUGCCAACAGUUCCACGUCCAGGUGCCAAUUACCCACACUUCUUGUUUUACUGCAUCUUUCAGAAGGGCAAAGGGGGCAGGGGCAUGGCCAUUUUCAGUAACUGGCUCCAGCUCUGAUCUUAGAAAAGUGAGGACUGAAUUCUGAUCUUUUUCUUUUGCUAAAAACUCCUUCCUAAGGAGGCCAGCUGAGUCAGGCUGGCAAAUGGUAAGGAGGCC